AAAACUGUUUUAUAUAUGGAUUCCUUUCAUUUACCUUUUGUUGUUACAACAUUCCAGUCCAGUGUUAAAUUGCAGCCGAGUUUUGUGCUUUUUGUGAGGUGGUAGAUGCAAGUUAAAUGGCAAAUGUGAACUUUUCCAGUAAAUCGGCAAUCCUAGAUUUACUUGAAAUAUUAAAUUUGGAUAAUCCUGUUGACUGUAAGGAGCUGUUAAAGGUUUGUGAACGCAACCUACAAGCCUUUGAAGAGCGAAAAUCAUCACAUGGAAAUGCCAUUGCUAUCGCAGAUGCCACGAAAAUUAACGCGAGCGACUCGUCUCCUCUGUGGGAAUAUACACAGGUUAGUCUGUCACUCUGCUACGAUUUAGGAAACGUACUAGACAGUAGUGACCUGUUAAACCCUUUGAGUGUCCAAGAAGUCAAAAAUGUGAAGAACAUUUUUCGUAACCUGAUCGGAAUAGGAAUUUCGUCGAAUUUACUACCGAACUUAUCUCAUCACUCAAAAUUGCCUUACGACGAGUCCAUUUGCGUUUUUACGCGAUAUAAAAGGCUCAACGCUACAACACACGGAAUUAUUGUUCUUUCAAAAUUUCAUUCCUUAAAACCGAUUCUCUUCCCUUUUUAUCUGAAAUGGGUCCUAUCGGCGCUGUAUCAAAUAAUUUUUUGUCCAAUAAAGCGACCGUCUGACACAGCCGACGAGAAUGGGUUUAUUAUGACGCAAGAUAUUUAUGACACCUUAGUAAGUAAUCGGGAGGUAUUUCGAGGAAUGCUAGAGUACCUCGGUCAAUCUGUCCACGCAGUGUCCUACAUUAGAGAGACCAUGAUGUUAAUUGGUCACAAACAGUCGCCGCUUUGGCUGAAGCGAGCUGUUUCGUCAACGUUGACCGCGUUGGUUUGCAAACCGAAAGGCGUCGAACGCGUAGCCUGGGCAAUGCUGGAUACUGUUGGAGUUGAUGACGGUGACGAUAGCACGAAAUCGUGGAAAGUGCUAGAGGCUGUGGGCAAAAUAGUGUUAGAAACAACGAAGCGUUCUGAUUUUCGGGUGAAUAUCAGCGAACAAGUGUGUGGUUUGCUUGAUUUAAAGGGCAGUUCUGGCGGAUUUGUUAGACCUUUUGAGCGCUUGUUUACGCUGUGCACUUCCUCACUGUUCCAUCAAAAUGAACAGUUGUGCCAAGAAACUUUUAUUAAACAUUUGCUGUGCCCACUCACUAACCUCACUACCCCAACGUCAGAUAAUUUAUUGCCCAUUUUAUCACAGAGAGUGCGCAUUUUGCAAUCGCUUCUCACUGACGAGAAUUUUACCAUACCCCUCGUAGCCAGGCGGAUCUUACACUCAGUGAUUCACGUCAUAUUUCGAUUAUACAGCGUAACGUGCACAUCCUCCGACUUAAAAUCGCUCAAUGACGAUAUCAAGAGCGUCAUGUUGCGAUUUAUUCGCGACUUGAACGCCGGUGAGCAGUUCGUCUUGUUCGAUUUACUUUUAUUCGAUUUCGCCAGUGAGGGAUAUUCGAAAUUUCGCGAUGAUCUGGAGCUGGAGGUGCAAGAAGAUUAUCUUCGAAUUAGGUCAAGCGAAUUUGCAGUGAAAUUUCGAACCUCUCACAAAGCCGAAGCACUCAUCUCUAUAAUCAAAGGAAACAAUCGCGAGACCACGCAUCUGUUCGCUUAUUUCCUGAACUGUUUGAGUUCACCCGAUAAGUACUUCGACACUAGUUCGGUUAACACUGAUUUGUUGCACUUGGAAUCGGAAGCCACCGUAAAUGAAGUGUCUGAUAGAAAAAUUACUGUCUACAAGUUUCUGUCGAGUUUAGCUGAGGAUUCUGAUGUACAAGAGUACGUCAACAAAGACCCCGCUAUUCUAAUACAAUACAUGCGUAUGGUAUUGCUCAAAAGUAUCGAAAAGGGAUUGCAUAAGAAGCAAAAUUGCGAGUCGGACGAUUUCCAAACCUUGUUCUUGGUGGUCAUGCUGUGUCAGGUGUUGAUAGACAAUACGGAAGCCGAAACCAUAUCCCAGUAUCGCACCUUAGUGCCUCAGCUUGAAGCAAUUGCUAAAAGCAAUAAUACGGAGUUGGGUGCUUUAGUCCGGGAAGUGUUGACUAAAUUAAAUGUUGGGCAACCGAAAGCAAAUCGCCCAAAGGAAAUGACACCGUUGGAUAAAGCAAUUGAAGACAUUUGCGAUCCGUUACUCCCAGUCAGAGGGCAUGGUUUGAUGGAGUUAGCGAGGCUGAUUGAAGCGAAAGAUGGGUCUACGUUGGAAAGAAAGCAUUACAUUUUGAAUAUAUUUCAGCAAAACCUCAAGGAUGAAGAUUCUUUUAUUUAUUUGGCUGCAAUUAAUGGUUUGGCUGCAAUGGCUGAUUUAUUUCCCGAUAUUGUGUUGACCGUUCUUACUGAUGAGUUUUCUGAGUGCUCAAGAAGUGAUAAAGAUGGACACGAAGUGCGCAUUAAGAUAGGAGAAGUACUUGUGCGGGUUGUAAAACGUUUGGGUGAAAGGGCUCCUUUGUACAAGUCUCUUCUGCUCAACACUUUUCUUGUUGGUACUAAGGACGAAGAUCAUCUCGUUCGUGCGUCCAGCUUAUCGAAUUUAGGUGAAGUUUGCAGAGUUCUGGGUUACAAACUGGGCACAAUCGUCACGGAGGUGCUUGUAUGCGUUCAUGGUGUAAUAAGUACAGAUAAAAUGAUCGAACCACGACGCGCCGCUGUUACGGUCAUACGUCAGUUGUUCGUCGGUUUGGAAAAGGAAACGGUCGUGUUCCUCAAAGACGAAAUACUUCACGUGUACCGAACUCUAAAGGAGAUUUACAGGAACGACGCCGACGAUGUCAUGCGAUUGCAAGCUCAAUUGGCCUUAGAACAAUUAAACGAGAACGUUAAGGAAUUUUUAUUUCUUAAUCCUACACUACACUACGAAAAGAAAAUUGUAAUACUAGAUGCGAAAUAAACACAUUUUUUUAAAUAA